AUGGGCCAGACCUCGGUCUCCACGCUGUCCCCGCAGCCCAGCAGCGUUGAUGGACUGGACAAAGCUUCUAUAGCAAACUCAGAUGGCCCAACAGCAGGCUCCCAAACACCUCCCUUCAAGAGAAAGGGGAAACUCUCCACCAUUGGUAAAAUUUUUAAACCUUGGAAAUGGAGGAAAAAGAAGACGAGUGACAAAUUCAGAGAAACAUCAGCAGUAUUAGAAAGGAAGAUUUCCACAAGACAAAGUAGAGAGGAGCUGAUAAGAAGGGGAGUUCUUAAGGAAUUGCCUGAUCAAGAUGGAGAUGUAACAGUUAACUUUGAAAAUUCAAACGGGCACAUGAUACCCACCGGAGAGGAAUCUACCCGAGAGGAAAAUGUAGUAAGAUCUGAAGAAGGUAAUGGCUCUGUAGCUGAAAAAGCACCAGCUCUGGAGGAAAAGGCAGAAGAUAAGAAAGAGAUCACUGAAAACCACUCUGAAACACCGGCAACUCCUGCUCCACCUCCUGCAGCUCUUCCUAAGCCUAAACCCAAACCUAAGCCCAAAAAAACACCUGUGCCUCCAAAAGGGGCCGCUGCUGGGGCCAGCCCCAAGGGUGACGAAGUGCCUCCUAUUAAAAAAAACACCAAGGCUCCUGGUAAGCAGGUCCCCGUCCCACCACCCAAGCCAGCAAGCCGAAAUGCAACCCGAGAGGCCGCUGGUUCCUCUCAUUCAAGAAAAACAACUGGCUCCAAAGCAUCAGCUUCACCAUCUACUUCCUCCACCUCAUCUCGUCUCAAAGCCUCCAAGGAGACAGUUUCUAGCAAAAUGGGGACAGUGGGAAUCACAAAGGGCAAGAAAAAAACUGGCAAGCAGCCACCGUCUCGACUGUCCUCAGAGGCAACCACUUCUGGCACAUCUGACCUUAAAGGGGAGCCUUCGGAGACCAGGGUGGAGAGUCUCACACCCGAGCAGACUGUCCCUGGGGCCGAGGAGCAGACCACAGGCAAACCCAAGUCCGCAGUUCCUCCGGCCCCGGUGACUCCAGCGCCUCCCACCCCCGCCCCUUCUCUCCCCCUGGAGGAGCAGAGCACUGUUGCUUCGGACACCCCUGUCGUCCUGAUCAGCAAUGGAGCCGACCUCCCUGCCUUAGAUCCAGGUCAGCUUCUCUGGACUGAAGAGGCGACAGACAGAACCACUUUCCACUCAGGCACUGGCAUAAGUGUUAGCAGAGAAAAUGCAAAAUGCUUCACAACCAAAGACGAGCUGGGGAAGGCAGCGCCUCAGCUCCUGACUCCUGGGCUGACGGGAGAGUCUUCAGAGUCCUUCAGUGCCUCAGAGGACGAAGGCCAGAGGGAAUACCAGGCCAAUGACUCCGACUCUGACGGACCUGUCUUGUACACCGAUGACGACGACGAUGAUGAGGACGAGGACGGCAGUGGAGAAAGUGCUUUGGCAAGCAAGAUACGACGAAGGGACACUCUUGCUAUCAAACUUGGCAACAGACCAUCUAAGAAGGAAUUAGAGGACAAAAACAUCUUGCAGCGCACAUCUGAAGAAGAGAGGCAGGAAAUCCGACAGCAGAUUGGAACCAAGCUCGUCAGGAGACUUAGCCAGAGGCCCACCACUGAAGAAUUAGAACAGAGAAAUAUCCUGAAGCAAAAGAAUGAAGAAGAAGAGCAAGAAGCAAAAAUGGAACUUAAACGCAGACUCAGCAGAAAGCUCAGCCUGAGACCCACAGUGGCCGAGCUGCAAGCUCGAAGGAUCCUGCGGUUUAACGAGUAUGUGGAAGUGACCGAUUCACCCGACUAUGAUCGCCGGGCAGACAAGCCCUGGGCCAGGUUAACACCUGCAGACAAGGCAGCAAUAAGGAAAGAACUAAAUGAAUUUAAAAGCACAGAAAUGGAAGUUCAUGAAGAGAGUCGACAGUUUACCAGGUUUCAUCGUCCAUAA